UGGAACUCGCUCUGUAAACCAGGCUGACCUUGAACUCACAGAGAUCUGCCUGCCUGCCAAGUGCUGGGAUUAAAGGCGUGCGCCACCAACGACCAGCAACUAACCAUUCUCUUUAUGGUAGGAACAUCUCUGUAUUUAAAACACUAUAGUUUUAUUUUUUGAAACAGGAUUUCACUAAUUAGGUAGCUUUAGCUGUCUUGGCUCUCAUUGUGUAGACCAGUCUAGCCUUGAACUUACAUCCACCUGCUUCUGUGGGGUAUUGAAUGUCCUGGUUUUUUCUGUUUGUUCUGUGCUAAACAGCAAUAGUCCUGCCCUAACUCCUUUAUAGCGAUUAUGUUCCUGAAAACUAUGGAGCACACCUGUGAUUGCAGCUAUGUGGGAAACUGAGCCAAAAGAUUCUUGACAUUUUGAUCAUCCUGGGUGAAAUAAUAUGGUACUAUUUUGGUUGGUUAGUGUUGCUUUUGUUUUGCCUUGUUUUUUGAGACUGGGUUUCAGGCUCAGGAAAUGUCUCAGUCUGUACAGAGCUUGCCUCUCAAUUCUAGAAACCCACAUCUAAAAAGCUGUCAACGAAGCUAGCUCCUGCUGUGUAGCCCAGGCUGCAUAUCCAUUUCCCAUCUCAGCCCUCGAAGAGUGCAAUUACAGGCUUGUGCUACUUCACCAUUAAAACUGUGGCCUAAUGGUUCAAAAACUGCAAAGCCCAGAUUGAUCUACACUGGGAGUUCCAAGUCACCCAGGUUUACAUUGUAAGACUUAAUCUAAAAAAAACAAACAAAAAACAUCAUGGGUUUGUAGCUCAGUGGGUACAGUACAUGCAAGGAGUCCUGGCUUGGAUUCUAAGCACUGCACAAACUUGGUGUAGUGGUGCACAUCUCUAAUUCUAGAGGUAGAGGAUCACAAGUACGCAGCAAAUCUCAAGCCAACCUGGACUACAAAAUCCUUGUCUCAGGAAAACAUAAAACAAAAAACUCAACCAGCCAACAAAUACACACACACACACACACACACACAUAUGCGUGCACACGCAUAUGCGCGUGCGCGAUACCUAUAAUCCUCUGGAGGCAGAAGCAAGAUGAUCUAAAAGUUGACAACAACCCUAGCCACAUAAGUUCAAGGCUAGCCCAAGUCUCACAGUGAGCUCAACUCAAAAAAAUAACCUGAAGUAAAUACACGAUAGGUUAUUUUGAUAUUGUUUCUCCCACGAGAACAGGGAUGAGACCAAGAAUUUAAAGAAUGUAUAAGUUUAGGCCUGGCAUGAUAGUACACACCCUUAAUUCCAGCAUUCAAGAGAAAGAGGCAGAUGAAUCUGUGUGUGUGAGGACAGCCUGGUCUACAAGUGAGUUCCAGGAUAACCAGGGCUACAUAACAGAGAGCCCCUGUACCUUAAACAAACAAACACCCACCCAAGUCUAUACAGGACUAGAAGCAGGAACUUCUGAAAGGAGCCUCCUUAUAAGAAAAUCUUUCUACUGAUUCUCACACAAACCCUUGGAAUAUGGUGCUUGCAAUGUAACCCCAGCACUCAGGAGACCACAAAAUGUGGGCCAGCCAGCCUAGCCUACACCGUGAGAUCCUAUCUCAAACAACAAACAAACAAGCCACAAUCAACAUGAGGAAAAUUUCAAAGAUUGCUUCAGCUUUUAAAAAAAACAAUAUGUGACUUUCCAGCUGGGACGCCCAAGAGAAGCCUUUUAAAGAAGAAUUUGAUGAAGAAGAGAUCAUUUUAACGCUGGUCCCGUUUACUGAGGAAGAAGCGAUCACCCCACAAGUACCAGCACAAGUACCAACAGAAUCGGUUUCGUCAACCAUAGUCCACAGGCCACCAAUUCCCCCUAUGGUACCUUCUGAGGAUGUCAAACCCUCAGCAUCGGAGCUAAAGCCCUACCCAUCCCUGCCCGAUAUGCUUCCUCCUAUCACUGAGGUGUCCCGGAACACUCUUCGGGAAUGGUGUCGAUUGCAUAAUUUAAGUACCUAUGGCAAGAAGGUUGAAGUCUACGAGAGACUUCAGAAGAAUGCGUUUUCAGAACAAAAAUGUCAUAUUCCACAAACACCCCUUGAGGCUAAAAUGAAGCCAAAAUCCAAGAAGGCCAAAAAAGAACCUAUGCCUCAAAACCUGAAGAGAGAGAGAGAGGAGGAGGAGAAUGCCAUUGUGGAGGUUUUAACCUCAGAAAGGGAGUCUGCCUUUGCCUCCUGGGGAAGAAUUGUAACGAGAGCAGGUCUGCCUAUGUCUGCGAAUCAGCAGCCUCUUCCCUCCAAUGGAAAGACCUUUCUGCUACCAGCCCCCGGGUUCAGAUGGUGUGUUGUCCAUGGCAGACUGCUCCCUGCAGAUGAACCAGGUUGGGUUUGUCUGCAGAUGAACAUUGGUCAUACCUGGGUUCCAGACAGUCCCCAAAGAAUGAUCCCCCUCUUUUUGCUACCAGCCUGUGUUUUCCCAAAUCCAGGAGUGGAAGAUAACAUGCUCUAUCCAGAAUGUGUCAGAAGAAAUAAGAGAACGAUGAGGAAUUUUACUAAAGACAAACGCUCUUCAAGGAAACGUAAAAUUCUACCUCCAAAUUUGCCACCUUAGACCAAUGUCAAGGUUUUGGAACCGAACAUCCAUCCCCUGCAUUGGACUUGCUCAAUGCUGCCUUGUUCCACGGGGUCCAGAGAACAAUUUGGACAAAAAGAUAUCUUUUUUUGUUGUUGUUAGAGACAUGGUUUCUGUGGCUUUGGAGGCUGUCUUGGAACUAGCUCUUGUAGACCAGGCUGACCUUCAGCUCCCAGAGAUUGCCUGCCUCUGCCUCCUGAGUGCUGGGACUAAAGGAAGGCACACACCACCACCGCCCUGUGCAAAGAUGUCUUAUAACAAAAAUCCCUGUGUUCAAGCAACUCUGUCUCCUAAUUUGCAGAAAGUGCCGAAUCGGACUUUGGAGAACCGGAAAGUUUCCUCACAGUGACGGUUCAGAAACCAAGGAGUGUUUUUCUCAUAAUUUAAAGCAUAAAUUAAAGUUAGUCAGUUGUGAACUACA